GUGAAGAAGCAGCGACAGACAGUGGGCUAAGUUUGUCCUGCCCGGCUUCCCUUCACCAGUACAAGGGGCUUUGUGUCAUUGAAGAACAGCGAGCGUCGCUUUUAGUUUCACACUAAAACUAAAGGCGUCAGAAACACGUCCGUGACAUUUUGGGAUAAUUUGUGUGGGCACAGAGAGGAGAGAGGGAGAGGGGAAAGUGCGACGGAGCGGACAAAAUUGACACUCCGCUGUCAUGUUUGGUACUUGUUGCACACACACUCACACUGAACACUGGAGCCUGUAGUGUGGGCAGCGUGCUGGGAACAGGGUCUUCGGUAUCACCAUGACGCUGUGACACAACAGGGACAAUGAUGGCAGAGCUGGAAAUUGACCAGUCUAACCUUCCUCGUGUCCAAGAAGUGUGCCAGAGUUUCGCGGUGCUGGAGGAUGGAGUGUUGGCACACAACCUGCAGGAACAGGAGAUCGAGCAAUACUAUACCACCAACAUGCAGAAGAACCAGCUCGUGCAGAAUGACAUCCGCGUAGCCAAGAUGCUGCAGGAUGAGGAGGAAGAGGAUCAGGCCAUUCAGAGCACCCUCUCCAGACACGCCUCCAGACAACUAGAGGAGGAAGACUUUGAGUACGCUCGUUUAAUCCAGGAGGAGAUCCAGCGCUGUUCUGAGCAGGCCCGGAGGAGGGAGCAGGAGGAUGAGGAAAUCGCUAAACGAUUGCAAGAAGAGGAGAAGCAGAGAAUCACGAGGCGGAGCAGAGGGCAGGGCAGUGAAGGCAGCACCAGUGAUCCUGCACUGCCAUCUCCACACCAGCACACACUCAGCAGCCCACACCAAGGGGAGGAGCAGUACUCAUCUAGCACCAGCAGGUGGCAAUGUUCUACCUCUCUCAACCAUUCAGACUUAACUCGUCCUCAGGCUGACUCCCUCAGGGGGGUAGCAGCUCAGAGAAACACAAAUUCAGGGUCAAAUCAAGGACACGCAGAUUCCAAAAGGGGAAUCAGGGGUGAGCGUGUGAGUGAGGAUUCAGAGGACUCGGACACAGUGUUCUCUGAACAGCUCACUGUCUGGUCCCAGAGACUGAAUGAAAGACUCAACACGGCACCCCCUCGACGACGGGCAUCUUCAAAUCAGCCAGAAGAGAGAAACUGUAGAAGUCUUUCCUCUCGUAGCAGCUUUACAGAGCAAGAGAGAGGAGAGUUGAAUCAGGAACAUUAUGAAAAUGCCGACCUAGAGGAGAGGAGGCCCAGAGUUUGGGAUCAAGCAAGGUGCCAUAGUGAGGAGUAUGAGGGUUCGCACAGGAGCAGGGAUCAGGAUAAAGACUGUAGGUUAGUGGAAGUAAGAGAAAAGCGAUGUAGUCGUAGUGAAUCUGUCAGGCUACACGACGGGGGUCAACACAACAACAAAGACUUAGCGAGGACCUGGAGCUAUAGGGACAACCCCGACAAACGUGUGCAUUUUCAGGACAACUCCAGGAGCUCUAUAAGGCCGCAGCAGGGUAAGAGCAGAGGAGUCUGGGAGAUGCUGGGCCAGGUCCUCAGAGAGAGGGGCGUGCCUGUGAGGUUGGGCGGCAACGGGGCGCCACUUCAAAUAGGGCCUCAAAGCAGAGACAGCCAGGUGCUUCAUGGGAGUGAGGUCUCCUGCGGCGACUCCCUACCACAUCAGAGAGUCUUCCAAAGAGCUGCCAACACCAGGCACAGUUUCCAUGGAGAUACCCGGGAGAGGAGGAGGUCGUCACACCGAGAGAACAGUGGGAGAGAUCACACAGAAGACCGGCUGCAAAAUAAUGUGGAGCAUGAUGAAAAGGUUUAUGAGAUUAGUCGGAGAGACUCACAUCUUCCUAGCAGAGAAAGGGGAGGCAGCAGAAGGUGGAAAGAGCACGGAUACACUAAUGAUGACGAGAGGGAGAGGAAUACAAAUGGAAGCAGGGUCAAAAGGACAACGAGCGAACGCAGGCGUUGGCACCAGACCAUAGAGGAAAGGUUGAGCUCAGAGGAGGAGCAGGAGGUGGAGAGGAGAGUGGAGCGGCCCCAUCGCAGAGCCUCACAGCGCAGCCAGAGCCUCAGCAGCAGCAGCCGGGCUCCAACAGGAGAUAGGUCGAGGCACGAGGCAGCAGGAGAGUCAUUGCAACCGGAGCCAGUGGGGGAGAGCCUGGACCUGGGGGAGCUGCAUCAGGUCCUAAAGGAUGAAGAACUUGCUCAAAAGCUGCAGGAGGAAGAGGAAAAGCUGUUGAGGAGGAAUACAGAGCCCUCUCCAUGUAGUCCUUACCCAGAGGGAGACUUCAGAGCAGCACAAGUGGCGCAGGAUGAGGAAAUAGCCCGCUUUAUGCAGAAGCAAGAAAUGAAGACAAAGCGAAGAUCCCGCGAGCUCGAAGGGCCGUCGUCGUGGCGCGAGCACAGAUCGAUGAUCAGUCAUCACGACAGACGGGCUUCAAGAGACAGACCGGUCCAACGAGAGAGGCUUGACUCAGAGGGCCUUCCUUCCCCUCCUGAGGACUGCUCCCCAGAGAACCAGCCACCCAGCACCUUCUCCACAAUACCACAAGCCCAGCCGAUCAGAAACAUUGCGGAGGAACUGGACCCGACCUUCAGGGCCGGGAGGCCGGACCCCGAGAGCCUCAGAGUGGGACAGGCAGGUCCAACCUGUCAGUCACUUCCUAUGCCACAUCCUGGCUUACACAACCUACUCGAAGAGCCUGCUUUCAUCCCACCGACAAAACGGCAAACGGACAAAUCAGGACGCUCAAAACCCAAAGAGAAGAAGGAAAAUUGCAAACAACAAUAAUUUUCAACACGCUGUUGGAGUGCAUAUAUAUAUUAUAUAACACUAAACAUCAGUGCAGCUACAGAGGAUUAAGUUCUCUCUCCCAGCUCCCCCUACUAGCACUUUAGACCAGUGGAACACAUCAGAAGUGACAUUUUACAAUAUUUCUUGACUAAGUGAAUAAUUACUCAUUCUGUAACGGUUUUCAAAGGGAAAAUGUUGGUUCAUCAAAGUAUUUUAAUUCUCAGUGUUAAUGAGUGUUUAAUUUAAACAGUUUGUGUUUUUUCUAUCGAUUUGUUACUUUAAUUAGUUUUUAUUUAGUUAAGCAGUGAGUAUCCAUCCAUUAUGUCUUCAUGUUACCAAUUAAGGCCGAAAAUCUCAGGCUGACCGGUUGGCUCUGUGCCUCUUCCAAAAGCGUCCAAUAUUUAAAAUGACAAAACAAGAAGUUCCUUGUAUAAACUUUGAACCUGAAUGAUGUGAUCUUAGACAAGCUACUUUAAGACUUCCCCUUUCUGAGUGCCUGCUACUUUGUCUCAAGCAGUUUGGCAUGGCUCCAGCCAAGUUUAAAAUAGUACGAUGACAAUCAAAUGAACAUAUUUAACCCUUACUAAAGGGUUUUUUGAAAAACAUACAACCAUUACAACAUUUUGAAAUGUCUAAAUGAUACUAUAUCCCUUCAUUUUAAGUUGAAAUAACUUGGUUAAUGUAUUUAUUUUCCAGGUGGAUUUUAAAAACAUCAGACAGUAAUGAUGGCAGCCUUAUUCAAUACACAGAAACAUUUUUUCUAACAAGCAUUUUUAUUUUGUAUGAUCAUAUAUAUAACCUCCACAUUUAAAACACUAUUUGUUGUGUUUUUUGGUUGUGUGUUUUUUAUACGUAUAAAAAAUAUAUGCCACAGCUUAAGUGGACCACUAUGAAUGCAAUUGUUGUAAAUGUAUUUAAAUGCAACAAAUAAAAAAAUAAAUCCUAUUA